CCCAUUCUCAAACGGGAAGAAUGGCCGAAAUUCUCUUAGUGGGCCCCAUCUACCCAAAUUCAAAAUUCUUAGAUACCAGACCCCACUCCUUAGAAGUCCGUUAGACUCAAAUAUCGAAGCUUUGCCUAAACGACUUUGCAGGAAAAUGUGGACAGAGAAAACAAGAGAGUAACCCGAGAAACUAGUAAUUCCCAGAUACAUCUAAGCUGACAAAGAAAAUAUGCAAAAAAUUUCCAAAUUGCAAGAAAUAAUGUAAGUGUGAGUGAAAGAAAGAGAGCUAAAACAAUGUCAUGUUCAGCUGAGAAACCAAAUUUCAGGUCACCAUUGAAAGAGCUACAAUCUCCAAGCUGGACUGAUGUAUGGUUAAAGAACAAGAAAGCUCUCAAUCAUGUUCUUUUCAAUAUGAACCUUCAAUCCCGUUCAAAUAAGCAAACCCUAUCACCACAACUUCGCAAAUCCUUAGAUUUCACCCUUCAUUCUCUUGUUUCCGAUCCCACUUCGAUUCUAUCUGAUGAAAUACUUCUUUGUAUUCUCUCUAAACUCCCAAAUUCACAAAGAAAUUCCAAUUCACUUGUAUCCAAACGUUGGCUCAACCUUCAAGGUCGUCUUGUCAGGUCUAUUAAGGUUCUUGAUUGGGAUUUUCUUCUUUCGGGUCGGUUGUUUAUUCGCUUUCCUAAUCUUAUCCAUGUUGAUUUGGUGAAUGGGUCUCUGAUUUCACCCCGAAAUUCGGGUAUUUUUUGUUCUCACAAGUUGCUUUCUUGUCAUCUGGAUUGCAAUGCUGACCCUAAGGAUUGGUUUUUUAAGGAAAGAUCUGUGUUGUCUUCUGAUGAAAUUGAUAAGGGGUUGAGGAUUUUAGCUAGUGGGUGUCCUAAUUUGCGUAGAUUGUUGGUCGUAAAUGCUAGUGAAUUGGGGUUGUUGAGUGUAGCUGAGGAAUGUCCAACUUUGCAAGUGCUGGAGUUGCAUAGAUGUAAUGAUCAGGUUCUUCGUGGGAUCGCGGCUUGUCAGAACUUGCAGAUAUUGAGAUUGAUUGGAAAUGUUGACGGGUUUUAUAAAUCUUCGGUUACUGAUAUUGGACUGACUAUUUUAGCUCAGGGAUGUAAGAGAUUGGUGAAGCUGGAGUUGAGUGGUUGUGAAGGGAGUUAUGAAGGGGUUAAGGCGAUUGCGCAAUGUUGCCAAAUGCUCGAAGAGCUGAUUCUUCGUGAUCAUAGGAUGGAGGGUGGUUGGUUGUCUGCUCUUUCUUAUUGUGAAAAUUUGAAGACCUUGAGGUUUUUGUCUUGUAAGAGUAUUGAUCAUUGUGGAUGGUUUGAUGAAGAUGUAGGAUCUUGUCGAACACUAGAAAGAUUACAUUUCGAGAAAUGCCAAUUGAGAAAUAAGGAGAGUUUGAGAACAUUGUUUCUACUCUGUCAAGAAGUUAGAGAGGUUAUUUUCCAGAACUGUUGGGGACUGGAUAAUGAAAUGUUUAGUCUUUCCAGUGGUCUAAGGAAGGUGAAGUCUCUUUGCCUAGAAAGCUGUUCACUGCUCACAACUGAAGGCCUCGAAUCUGCACUCAUUUCGUGCAAGGAGAUCCAGAGCCUCAAGGUGAUUUCAUGCAGCAAUAUAAAGGAUAGUGAAAUCAGUCCAGCACUUUCUACCUUGUUCUCCACACUAAUAGAUUUUCAGUGGAGACCAGACACAAAAUCUCUUCUUUCAGCUGGUCUUGCGGGAACUGGAAUGCGAAAAAGAGGCAAUAGAUAUUUCAAGAAGACGUGUGACUGGAAGUCACUGCCUGGUGCAUAGACUGGCUUCCUCGACAUGCAUUCAGACAACUCUACUAGAUUUAAACCUCCUCAUUAUGCAUAUGGAGAACUCUAACGCAUGAAAGAGGUCAGUGUGACACUUUGCUCCAAUACUAUCUACUAUGAGGCCUUGAUGUCAUUAUCCUGUACUUGUGUAGUUGUUUAAGUAUGUAAUGUAGGAACUAGGAAGACUAGCACUUUCUCAGGUAGAGAUGGAGAAAGAGGCCUAAGUUAAUGUAUAGAACUCAAUGCUGUAAUCUCAGGAGCAUUCAGCUAAGCCGUCUCGCUGUCUCCUCUAUGUCAAGCUUAAUGGUAUUACUGUACUGGAACCCCAAAAACUCUUGAAAGGGUUUUCUAUUUACAAUGUUUUAAAGAAUUUUGGCACCUUUUAUGCUAUUACUGCUUGCUUCCACAA